GGGGCAGCCCGGUAACUCCGCACCGCGUCGCCCAUUGGCUUUCUCUCCCCCAACUCCCUCCCCGCUGCCCAGGGCUCACGCGCUCCCCCUGUGAGCUGUGUGACCUGCGCUGUGCAGGUGCAGCGCUCACGCAGGCACCCACCACGGAAUAGGAAGGGAAGUUACUCCCCAGCCAAGCCUAGCAUCGCACAGCAGCAGGACUGCAGGAGAGAGAGAUGGAUGGAGACUUGCAGCGCAGCCCACCCCAUCGCAGUGCGCACGAAUCCCCCAAAUUACAGCCCCCGCAAGCCCAACCUCCACUUAAACCCGAACUCUACCACCACCGCCACCACCACCGUUACGCUUUACCCCCUUCCUCUCCGCCCCCCAAACCCUAGAUCCCCCCGCGGCCGGCAAUCCGCUGUGGCGCCGCGGUGACCGGCGCCGGCGUCGGGGGCGGCCGGGAUGGCGGCCGUGCCGGAGGAGCUCCGGUGCAAGCGCUCCGACGGCAAGCAGUGGCGCUGCAGCGCGCCCUCCAUGCCCGACAAGACCGUCUGCGAGAAGCACUACGUCCAGGCCAAGAAGCGUUCCGCGUCCUCCGCGCUCCGCGCCACGCUCCGGAGGUCCUCCGGCGCCGGCUCCUCCGCCUUCCCCCUCCCCUACGCCGCCCGCCUCCACGCCGGCGGCGGCGCGGACUCGGACCCCGACGCGGACCCGCCAGCGCCGGUGGCCAUGGCGAUCGCGAGGCCCCUGUACGGCAGGGUCGCCGGGGAAACGGUGUACGUGGCGGAGCCGGUGCCGGCGCUGGCGCGGAGGGUGGUGUACGACGGUUUGCCCCUAGGCAAUGCUGCCGGGGUGCGCACCGCGGCGGAGCUGGUCGGGAGAGGCUCGGAGCGGCUGCCUGCCGGUGGUGUGGUGGGUUUGACAAGUUGCCACCAGUGCCGGAAGGUUGGGAAUGCCAUUUGGUGUGUCAGCUGCGACAGGAGAGGGUACUGCGCCGACUGCAUAUCGAGAUGGUACUCUGACAUUCCAGUAGAUGAUGUUCAAAAAGUUUGUCCAGCAUGCCGUGGCAUUUGUAAUUGCAGAGUUUGCUUACAAGGAGACAACUUAAUUAAGGCUAGGGUGCAGGAAAUAUCAGUUGUAGAUAAGUUGAGAUAUCUUCAUAGCCUUUUGGUGUAUGUUCUUCCGGUACUAAAGCAGAUUUAUUCUGACCAAUGCUUUGAAAUAGGUGUUGAAACAAGAUGUUCUGGACCAAAGACAGAUAUCCUCAGAGCGAAGGUAAAUUCUGAUGAGCAAAUGUGCUGCGACUUUUGCAAAGUGCCGGUGUUUGAUUAUCACCGACACUGCCCAAAAUGUUUGUAUGAUUUAUGUCUUGACUGUUGUCGAGACAUAAGGCGUUCUCGAGCCAAUGUUGCAAGAGGAGAGUAUACUGAAGGCCAUGCAGAAGAUAGAAGUAAAGAUUCUUUUAGUAAAAGAGCAAGAUUGGAUCCAUAUGCAGGAAGUGUACAUGAUAAGUCAUUCUCAUGUCCAAUAGAUCUUAAUGGCAUUCGAUCUUUAUUCCCUACAUGGAGAGCCAACAAUAAUGGCAGCAUCACUUGUGGGCCCCAUGAGGCUGGUGGUUGUGGAUCCUCAAAGUUGGUAUUAAGGCGAAUAUUCAAAAUAAAUUGGAUCGCUAAGCUUGUAAAAAGUUCCGAAGAAAUGGUCAAUGGUUGCAAAGUACAUGACCUGGAGGAUGGAUGUUUGUCCUGCAAUGAUGGCAGAAGAUUGGAGUUAACUGGUCAGCGAAACUUUGGUCUCUCAAAGUGCUCGAGCAGUGAUGAUAUUUAUGGGAAUCAUGUGUACUCUCCUGUAUUGAAUGACUUAAAAUAUGAAGGUAUAAUUCAUUUUCGUAAGCAUUGGGUAAAGGGGGAGCCUAUUGUGAUCAGGAAAUCAUUUGAGCCUUCUCUGUCAUCAAGCUGGGACCCGCUAAGUAUUUGGAGAGGUAUCCAGGAAAUCAUGGAUGAAAAAAUGGAUGAAGAUGUCAUUGUCAAAGCUGUGGACUGCUCAAGCCAGUCAGAGGUGGAUAUUGAGCUCAACGAAUUUAUCAAAGGUUAUUCAGAUGGCAGCAAGGGGGAAGAUGGCCACUUGUUGAUGCUAAAGUUGAAAGAGUGGCCCCUGCCUGGUGUCUUAGAGGAGUUUCUGUUGUGCCAAAGACCAGAAUUUAUUGUCAAUUUUCCGUUAGUUGAUUUUAUUCAUCCUAGAUGGGGUUUCCUAAAUCUUGCUGCCAAAUUACCCCCAGAUGCCCUGCCGCCUGAAGCAGGGAUGAAGCUGCUAGUUGCAUAUGGAAGUCGUCAAGAUCUUGGUAAAAGUGAUUCAGUGAUGAAUCUAAGGAUUAACAUGGGCGAUGUGGUUCACAUGUUAAUGCAUACAGCUGAAGUGCACGAUCCAUGUCCCAAGAUGCUACAACCUGAGCGAUCUGAAAGGAUUGCUAAUGGAACUGUAAAUGCACAUGCUCCUGUUCGAAAUUUGAACCUGGAUAUGGGGAUACAAGCACCUGAACAUACAAUUUCCAAGUCUCAUGAGAAAGGGCAUGUUUCAAUGUUGGGAUCGCCAGAGAAGUUCUUAGAUGUUAAGGUUUGCAGAGAUUCCGAAGGCUCUUCUGCUGACUUGCCUAGUUCACCACAUUGCGAGGAGUCAAAAACUAACAGUUUAGAAAGAUCUCAGGCUGGUGCUCUCUGGGAUGUAUUCCGCAGGCAGGAUCUUCCAAAGCUGAAUGAAUAUUUAGCUGCUUACCGGAAAGAGCUAGCAGCUAGUAGUCAAGAAGUGCCCUCUGUAAUGACUCAUUUCCUCUCUAUGUCAAAAUAUUCUGAAAUAUCUUUGUCAAAGGUGUUUCAAGAUACUAUAUUUUCAAUGCAGGUUAAGCAUCAUAUUUACGAUCAAGUUGUAUAUCUCAACAAUUAUCACAAGAAGAAAUUGAAGGACCAAUUUGGAAUUGAACCCUGGACAUUCCGACAACAUGUCAGUGAGGCUGUUUUUAUUCCAGCUGGCUGUCCUUUCCAAGUGAAAAAUCUCCAGUCUACGGUCCAAUUGGCCCUUGAUUUUUUGUCACCGGAGAGUUUGCCAGAGUCAGUCCGGAUGGCCCAAGAAAUCCGCUGCCUGCCAAAUGGUCAUGCUGCAAAACUGAAGAUGCUUGAGAUCAGAAAGAUCUCUUUAUAUGCAGCAAGUUCUGCUGUCAGAGAAAUUCAGAGAAUAACCCUGGAUCCCAAGUUCAGUCUUGACAUUAGAUUUGAGGAUCAAAAUUUAACUCGGGUGGUUUCAGAGAAUUUGGCUAGAGUAAAUACACAAAAGAAGGUAUCUUGCAUUUGAGGUGCUACAAGCCUUCGAGAAAUUGGCGUGCCAUUCAAGGUUGAUGCCAAUGUAUAAUGAUUGUACAUGUAUUAUAUGGUGUCAUAUGAAAGGAACACAUUCUAAUUCUUAUCAGAUAUUGGCCUCGCCUGUAUAUUGUGGACUAGGACUGAGAGCUGAGCUCAUGUAGAACAAAAUAAACAUUAGAAAGAUGAUACAAGUACCGAAUUUUCCCUGCGAUAUUGUCAGUAUGAGAAUCCAUGUUUUGUAAUUUCUAGAGGAAUCCCAGAUUUCUUAUGGACUUUCUUUAAUAGGUUUAAGUAGUUUGCUUGAACGAUGUGGAGGUUGGCCCUCUAUUGCCCUAACUGCAAUGAUUUGCUCCAAAAUUCAGGAUCGUA